AUGACUGUUACAAGAUCAAGAGGAGCAUCAACGUCGUCACAACCUAUGGUUAGAAGCAAUUCUAAUGUUACAAUAACAGGUGGAGAAACAAGGAACAGGAUGCAACUAACAGUUGUAUCGAACGCCAUGUCAGACAUAUCUGAUACUGGGUCAGUAGUGUCACCUAGCCGUCAACGUAAGGAUGAUAUAUCGAGUUCAUCAUCUGCAAAUGCCGACAAACAAUCUAACAGUUCAGCCGACAAACAAUCCAACAGUUCAACCGCCAAACGUCGACAGUCCGUGUUGGCAGACUCGAAAACUGUUGCGAAACCAGCAUCUCCCAAAACAAUGAACGAAGCCAGAAAACCAUCGGGUCGAACGGCCCCAACAGUUUCUCGCUUAAACUCGGCUCCGACAAAAGGAUCUCCUGGACAAAUUUCCGGCGCCAGGCUGCACCGAAAAUCAUCCAUGCCGUCGACGGGAAAGGCAAUUAAUGCUAUUGCUGCUCAUCGUGGAAUAUCGCCUACACCGUCUUCUGCGAGUGUAGCUACAGAUGAUAUGGAUUUGGCUGAUAUGGACAUUGAGAAAUUUGAAAAACUGUUUCUGCAAAAGCCUUUAUCUAAUCGGUCUCCUUCGAUUCUAUCUAAUUACUCGGCUUAUGUGCCAUGGAAGGCUGGUGUACCGAUUGAUCCAGAGGAUUCUAUUUCAGUGCGGGAAGAAAUGAUGGCAGUGUACAAUCGUGGAAUGAAUCCAUCAAUAACUUUGACCGAUUACUUUGCUGAACCAGAUGAACAGCUUCAAGCAGGCUUGACUCUUAUUCAAGAAGCUUACAGUAAGAAAUUUGCAUCACUGACAAGGGCAUUGGACGAAGAGAGGCGGCAUCGCAACCCAGGAAACGAUCAAGUAAGUCAGUAUCAACAACGCAUUCGCGAGCUGAACAGUACGCUUGCUAAAGAAGAAGAUGAAAAGAAGCAAUUGCUAAUCGCAAAGAAUAGUUUGCAAGAUCGAUAUAAUAAGCUCUGGGAAGAGCAUCGACAUUGUGACAAUAAAAACAUUAGCAAGUCAGCCGGGGGUGAUAUGGGCACAAGUAUUGUACCCAUUCUAACUAAAGGCAGAUUAGAGAUCCGUAAUUAUCUGAAGACGCUUGAAGCAUCAGAAAGAUUAGCGCUUCUCGACGAAUUCCUCGAUUGCUGUCAUCCACACGACAUACACAUGCAGCAAGCAAUGCUCGACCAUUACGUCAAAACAACAUUUGACAUUAUCGGUACCCUACCUUCCGAACUCGGCGUGAAAAUAUUUUCUCUGCUUACAGCCGAGGAUUUGUGCCGUUCGCGGACUGUUUCCAAAUGCUGGCGAAAGAUGGUCAACGAGCCUGACUUGUGGAAGAAGAAAUGUCUAGAUGCUACCAUUGAAGAUCCUGAACCGUUGGUUUACCCAUCUGAUUCUGCCAAGUGGGAGGUCAUUUAUCGUGGAUUACAUUAUAGGGAGCAUAACUGGGCAAUGGGGAAUGUGCAAUCGAUUAAAUUUUUAAAAGGACAUACGGCAUCCGUGACUGCGCUUAAAUUGAAAAAAUCAACUCUGGUAACGGGAAGUUCUGAUGAGACUGUGCGUGUCUGGGAUGUACGGACUGGAAAGUGUACAAAAGUGUUGCAAGGGAAGGGCGUCAGCUGUCUUGAUUUCUUGCCUAAACGGAGAAUAGUUACUGCAGGGUUUAGCGACCAAGGGCGUGCUCUUGUAUGGCAUAUGGAUACCGGAGAAGUUAUAUGUACAUUACAGGGUCACAAUAGAGGCGUCAAGUAUAUAUCAAUGAGUGACAAGCAUGUAGCUACCGCUGGUCAUGACAUGUCCAUUUGUAUAUGGAAUUGGCGCGAUGGCAGCAAAUUAGCCACAUUCAGAGGCAUUGGACAGAUGAUCUUGGGAUGUGCAUUAGUCGGCGAUAAUAAUAUGAUCUCGAUAUCUAUCGAUGGAUGGAUACGUACGUUUGCCAUCGAAGAAAAGCAAGAGGUACAUAAAUGGAGACUUCCGGAAAACGCGCCGAUCCAAUGGUUUAAUGCAUCUGGAAUGGAUUUGACCUGCGCUACUCCACGAAACAUAUGGCAACUGAGAUGGCAGAAUAAAUACGUCAAGACGGGGAAGAAGACACCAAAGGGUGAAGAUGAAGUAAUUAUUCAACCAGAUUUUGCAGCUGACCCAAUAGUUAAGCAAAAGAUUGCAUCGAUCGCCGAGGCCUGGUGUGGUGCUACUGACAAUAAGAAGGGAAGAGUGGUCAUUAGUACGAGAUUCAACAGUCGCACUCACAACAACAAGAGUAUUUACGUUCAUUCUGCUGAAAAAGGAAUGCAGCGAUUUGGUGGAUUAUGGAUGCGCAUGGCUGAGCAGAUGGCCACUAUCAGUAUGGGUCCAACGUGUAUGGAUGUUGAUCAUGAGAAGGUCAUUGUCGGGUCCGCUGGUGGGUCAGUUUAUGUCAUGGGGUUUGUUGGCGAUAAAGAAUAA